UCUUCCUUGACAUCAUCUGCUCGCAUUAUCAACGCAUUCCCACUCCAGACUCCAUUCUUAGGCUCAAACGAUUUCCAGGUCAUUUUUUGUACUCAGCUGAUAGUGUUCUGUGUAUAGAAUCCAAGUGGCUUCGUAAUAGUAGUUUUGCAACAUGCUAUGAGAGCCAGGCCACAUGUAUACAACAUACACUAGGAACGUAUGUAGCUACCUUCAUGAUGUUCUAUUUGUCUGGGCCUAUGUGGCAGAAUUGUUUAUUAGUGCUCCAAAUAUUUGUGCUGUGUCUAAUCGCCAUGGAAACACAUCGACUCCCGGACGACCACAUUAACCACACAACAUAGGCCAUAUAACCUCUGCGAGUCGUAUGCCUCAACUCAUACCUCGAAUCAUGGGUGCGAAUAUCGAGUACAUAUGUAUGGAGGUAGCGUUCUCGAUCUCGCGUUUGCACCUGGUCAGUGCGCAGUUCACUCUCAUCUUCCUUGCCACGGGAUUUGCGUUCAUCUUCCUCAUGGCAAGAUUCACUUUCACUUUCCUCAUGGCAAGAUUCAUCUUCACUUUCCUCACAGUUGUUUGCUCGCUUCCUCACCCACGUGCUCGAGCUCUCAGCCAGUGUUUAAAAGGUUCCUCUGCUCUCUUUCCUUUCUCUCUCCUUACACUCAGCUCCUCUCAAAACUGAGUGUAUCAAAAAAACAAAGCUGACAAGUGAAUAGCAUCAAUUCCCAUCGAGACGACCCACCAUUCAAAGCAACCUCAGAUCAAACCAUCGACGUCCCGGCACCAACAAUAUCCCUCCUGAACAGAUCAGUUCUCUCUCUCUUUCUCACCCCGAACAACCUGACCACAAAGUCCGCUCAACCCUUCCAGCCAUUCCUCCCUCUUAUCCGACCAAACAAUUGUACCGCACGACUUGGCUGUUCUCGUCCCCGAUAUAAAAAUACAUCCUCAUCUUCACCUUCCUCUUCACCACCUUCCCCAAUUCAUCACCAGGACCUGACCAAACAUGAUGGCACUCCUGAAGAAACUCAUCCGCAAGGUCUUCAGGGGCAAGGAUCGCAAGCGUCGUGCCGGGCGUGUCUCCUCCCCAUCUCCACCUCCCCGGCCCGCAAUCUCGAAGCCCUCGCCAGGCUCGAAGUCCAAUCGCCAAGCUAGAGUCUUCCACCCCGCGGACGAGGAGGGCGUUCAGGCUCGGGAAGCCAACCGGGUCGGGUUCGUACUGGACUCGAUCUACUACAAGGGGGGUUGCGGCCCCGAGGGUUUGUAUGGUUGCGGCGGUGUGUUCGUGCCGCCCACCAUGGACGAAGAAGACAAGAUCGCAUUGGGUGCUGCCGCCACUACUUCCCAGAGCACCCUGGGCAACGACACCGACUCCGACUCCGACUCUGAGAAAGAGACUAAUGUCUCUCCCACCGCCACCCUUCACGACUCCACCAUCCUCUCCCCGAGGCCCUUCUCCUACCACGACAAGAUCACCUCCGAGCGGCUCAACACCAUGGAACCCUCCGCUCAUCGUCACCCUCUCUCUGCCGCCACCUAUCGCACUGAUAGCAUCCCUCCCCGAACAUCCACUCCUCUCAUCCACCCCGCCUUCAGGCCUCGCGCUGUCGACUCCUCGGAGCCAUCCAUCAGCACCAGCGACACCAACACCUCGCCAUCCGUGGAUUCCGCUCGCGCCUCCCAGUACGGCCACGAGCUGGGAUACCCUUUCAUGAGCGAUGCCGAGUUCAAUGCUCUGCCGCAAUUCUCGGACAUCGAGUUCGAUUCCGACUACGACUAGAUGUCUUGAGCGACGCCUUGGUUCU